AGGGGAUUAUUUUUCUCGUGUCUUCAGACUGUAAGUAAAAAACAUGUCACACCACUGAACGAUGAAAGAAACUUCUCUGGGCUGUCUGCUCACUCGUCUGACUGUGAGUCCCAGCAGCUCUCAGUUCUUUAAAGGAGACUUUGUGUCUCUGAGCUGUGAGGAGGACGACAGCUCUGCUGGAUGGACUCUGAGGAGAAACACAAGCAGAGACACCGGAGCUGAGUGUGGAGAUGAGUGGGGAAGAUCAGCUGGUUCUUCCUGUAACAUCAGCUACAUCGACCCUUUGGACAGUGGAGUUUACUGGUGUGAGUCCAGAGAGGGUCCCAUCAGUAACAUGGUUAACCUGACAGUCACUGGUGGAUCAGUGAUCCUGCAGAGUCCUGUCCUCCCUGUGAUGGAGGGAGAUGACGUCACUCUGCUCUGUAAAACAAAGACCACUCCCUCCAACCUCCCAGCUGCUUUCUAUAAAGAUGGCUCCCUCAUCAGGAAGCAGCCUGCAGGUCACAUGACCAUCCAGCAUGUUUCCAGGUCUGAUGAAGGCCUCUACAAGUGUGACAUCAGCGGUCAUGGAGAGUCUCCAUCCAGCUGGAUCACUGUCACAGACAAACACACCACCACACCUCCACCUACAUCCACCUCUCCUCCUGAUUUCUCCUGUGUCCCUCUAUCACUCUUUUCUCUUGUCCUCACUGUGUCAGUUAUUAGUUCAGUCUGUGUUCUGGUUCUUGUGGUGUUACUGGUUCUGCUGGUGAGACGACAGGUUCAAAGGAAAACUGAAUGGGAGGAGUUGGAGAUGAUGACAUCACGUACAGCAAAGGCUCAAGUCAUCACCAACAGCCAAUCAGAGGAAGCAGAGACUUUAAACCAGAGCCAGACGUCGUCUACUCCUCACUGAAGUAGUCCACCAGUCCAACCACUGACGUCCAGCUGCUGGUCUCUAACUGGUCCACACAGCCACACAAUAUUAAUUUGCAUAUAUUCUCUAGUGCCUUCUCAUUAUAAUAUACACUCUCAGUGUUUGUAUGAGUGUAUACAGUAUAACUAAAAUAUCAAUGUCAUCUGUGCAACAUCAAUAAACUUUGCUGUCACAUGUUGUUCCUGUCGUGUGGUUCUGUGGGUUUCAGAAGUAUUGCUGAUGGAAAAUUCUGUGUUGUGGUUCUGCUGGUGUUACUGGUUCUGCUGGUGAGACAACAUGUUCAAAGGAAAUCUGAAGGGGAGAAGGUGGAGAUGAUGACAUCAUGUUCAGUGAUAGCAAAAGCUGAAGUCAACAACAGCCAAUCAGAGGAAGCAGAGCGUCGUUCCAGAUCAUACUCCAUACCAGUUGGUGGCGGUAAUGCACCUUUCAAUUGUUUGCCAACCGCCAAUAUAAAUGUAAGAAGAAGAAGCAGUGCGUUGAUCUUUUUGACACACGCACCGGAGCGUCAGCUUCAAGCGGACCAUCACUACCUCUCGCAUCUAAAGGACCAACAUGGAGCGAGAAGUCAGCGCUCUCAGGAGGCCGACAAACCUCACAGAAGAAAGAGAGAGAAAACAUACAGCUGUGACGAGUGUGGGAAGGAUUUUACUGUGAAGGCUAAACUAAAACAGCAUCAGGUCAUCCACACUGGAGAGAGACCGUUCAGCUGUGACUUGUGUGGAAAGUCUUUUUCCUGGAAGCAUUCCCUAAAACGACACCAACUUAUCCACAGUGGAGUUAAAGCGUACACCUGUGAUCAGUGUGGCAGAGCUUUUAAUCGCAGUAGCAGCUUACAGAGUCAUCUAGUUACCCACUCUGGAAUUAAGGCAUACAGCUGUGAUGAGUGUGGGAAGGAGUUUACUGAGAAUGCUUCACUAAAAAAGCAUCAGGUCAUCCACACUGGAGAGAGACCGUUCAGCUGUGACUUGUGUGGAAAGUCUUUUUCCUGGAAGCAUUCCCUAAAAACACACCAACUCAUCCACAGUGGAGUUAAA